AUGACAGUAAAAGGAGGAACUUCCCCCGCCUGCGCAGCUUGCAAAUACCAGAGAAGAAAGUGUGCUUCAGAUUGUGUGUUGGCACCUUAUUUCCCAGCUAACCAACCUAAGAUGUUCCAGAAUGCACACCGCCUUUUUGGCAUCAGCAACAUUACUAAAAUACUCAAACAGUUGGAUGACGAGGAUCAGAAGGCUGAUGCCAUGAAAUCAAUCAUUUUCGAAGCCGAUAUGCGGGAGAGAUUUCCCGUUUAUGGCUGUGUGGAGUACAUUUGUUACCUCCGUCAACAACUACAGCAAACUAUGGAUGAACUCCAUUAUGUCUACACGCAACUCGCGGUGUGUAAGGAGCAGCAAUUGUUAGGUUCUGUGGUUAAUUCCCAUAAUAAUAAUAACAGUAAUAAUUAUGACCAUCAACAGCACACAACUUUAUUACAGCCUUAUGGGAUUAAUAAUGCAGCGGAAAUGUCUUAUCCUAUGAAUGUUAAUCUGUUUGGUGCUGCUGAAGAUGAUAUGGGUGAGGGGGAGUCCAGUGAGAGUGUAGGCAAGCCAAAUUUGUUAGGUGUGGAACCCUCAUCUUACUAUGAACAUCCCACUGAUGUUCUAGUGAAAAAUACUAAUUAUAAUGGCCAUAUGUCACUACCAUCAUUUCCAAAUGAGCAUUCUCAAGAUUAUGGUUUGGUGGCUUUCAAUAACACUAUAGCCGAUGAUAGGCAAUCCUAUAUUGAAAUGAAGGAGACCUGUGAGUCAAGUUCGGAGUCAUCAUUUAAAGACACAACACAAUCGAACGAGGAGUUAUCUAGGAGUGAGCUCAAAAAUGCUGCUGCCUACUUCAGUCUCACCAGUUAA